UAUUGUCAACAAAAAGAAUUAUGCAAUUAAUGAAUUAAAUCAAAUUUGCGAUUUUUACAAUUUGGAAAAAACAAAUUUUGAAAUUACAGAUUUAAUGAUUCAUAGAAGUUCUCGUGCUUUAUAUUUAUUUUUAAAUUUAAUGAGACAAAAUCAUCCAGAAUAUUAUCAAAAUCUGGUGGAAAAAUUAUUUGAAGAUUUUUGGAUUGGCCGUGAAAUUGGAAUUCCUUUUGGAGAGCUAGACAAAACUAUAAUGCAUAUUGAUGAUAGAGAAAAUCACAGAGAUAUGGUCUCAAGAGAAUUACAUUUAUUGCUUGAAGAAAGGAUAACAUCAAUUCCUUGGUUACGUAUUGAUUCAAUUCCAAAUAAUCAAAAAUUGUUUGGAUUUACAAAUAUUUUAAGACUUGAACUUUUGGAUGAAUUAAUUAAAACUCCAUUUUAUAAUCCUUUAAAUUAUUCAACAGAAGAAAUUAUUUAUAAAAAAGAUGAGGAAGAAAAAACAGUUUUGGAGCAGUGGCUAGAUCGAAAUAGAUUAAAAAGGGCGAUGAAAUUUGUUGAAAAAGUUUAA